GGCACGGCAGCCUGCCCUUCACUGACACACACAGGCAAUUAGUAAUGCUGCCAAACUGCUCUGAAUCAUAAUCUGUGAAACAAAAGGAGAUUCAAUGAAUCAGCCCGAAGUUGGAUGUCUUCUCGACCCGCCUGGCAGGGGAGAAGGAGAAGGGAGAGGUGAACCCCCACCGCAUCCAACCCGCGGAAAAAGGACACCCACUGUCAGAGGAAACAACGGUAGCUGCCCUUUGACAGAAGGGCUGCCCAUUUGCUCUGAAGGAAGAGACCAUGCUGAAGCACUUUUUUAAGACAUCUUCCAUUCUGAGCCUCAAAAAAAGAUCAUCUAACAUGAUCCUGGGUUUAACUAACUAAGAUGAAUUUGAGGUGAUCGUUUGCUUGGUUUUGCCGUCCUGGAGUUAGCUGCAGAGCUGAGCGCUGGGAAGGCACAGUGCAAGAAAACACUCCUGUGCUGCAAUACAGUAUUUACGCCUGCGUAACCACCCAAGAGGUGUCUCAGCUGGGUGAAGAUCGCAAGAAUCCUGAGAUGAUUUGACCUGUAAUGGAGGGACGCUUCUGGGAAACUGCUGGAGGACUUCAGCACAGGGCAUCUGCUGUCUCUGCCCUCAUCUGUCCCUGUCAAAGUCCGAAAUGAACCACUCUUGGACUUACAACCUGAGCUUUGGUGCACCUACAGAUCCUGUUGAGCCAAGGGCUGGACUCUCACGAAAUGGGCACACAGUAGUGGCUGUUUUUCUUGGAUUUAUCUUGUUUUUUGGUUUCUUGAAUAACUUGAUUGUCCUCAUCCUCUUCUGCAAGUUUAAAACCCUCCGUAACCCAGUCAACAUGCUCCUCCUGAACAUCAGUAUCAGCGACAUGCUAGUGUGCAUCUCCGGCACUACCCUCAGUUUUGCAUCUAACAUCCACGGCAAAUGGAUUGGAGGGGAGCAUGGUUGUAGGUGGUAUGGCUUUGUCAAUUCCUGCUUUGGCAUUGUGUCCCUGAUCUCCCUGGCUGUCCUGUCCUAUGAACGCUACAGCACCCUCACCCUGUGCAACAAGCGCAGCGCUGACUACCGGAAAGCAUUGCUGGCAGUCGGCGGUUCGUGGAUUUAUUCCCUGGUCUGGACCGUGCCACCUCUGAUCGGUUGGAGCAGUUACGGGGUGGAAGGUGCGGGUACAAGCUGUUCGGUACGCUGGUCCUCGGAGUCAGCCGAGUCCACGUCCUAUAUCAUCUGUCUCUUCAUAUUCUGCUUGGUCAUCCCUGUGAUGGUCAUGGUGUACUGCUACGGUCGCCUCCUUUACGCUGUUAAACAGGUUGGAAAAAUCCACAAGAAUGCUGCCCGCAAAAGAGAAUACCGCGUACUGUUCAUGGUGAUCACUACAGUUAUCUGUUAUCUCUUGUGUUGGAUUCCCUAUGGAGUUAUAGCACUACUUGCAACAUUUGGUAAGCCCGGUGUGGUGACUCCAGUUGCAAGCAUCAUACCUUCCAUCCUAGCAAAAAGCAGCACUGUUUGCAAUCCUAUUAUCUACAUACUUAUGAAUAAGCAGUUUUACAAAUGCUUUCGUCAGCUUUUCCACUGCCAAUCUCCUUCCUCCAGUGAUGGAGAGCCCACCUGCCACUCCAAGGUAACCGUUAUCCAGCUGAAUCAGAGGAUGGACGGUCGAAACGCGUGCAAUAACGAACCACGUCCAGAAACAGACAGUAAAAUGAUUUCUCUCCUGCACCCAGAGCCAAGCCUGGAGCCAGUUUCAAAAGCUGUACCACCAAUGUCUUAGGAAAACUGGCUCUAACAGAAAGUACAAGCCUUAACCAGAGCGUGUUUCAUUUCACCGCCACAUUACCCAGCUAACCUUAAAAUUAAUAAAGGAAGUUGCCAUUUGUGGGAUAGGAAAACUGUCAAGAACAAAAAUUGGGACUCUCUUAUAAUUUCAUUAGUAACAGUAAAGAUGGCCACAUCAUUGCAGGUACGGUUCAAUAAUGACAAAAUUUUAAACAAUAUAAUUGACUUUCCUGCAGAUUAGUUAAUGGAGCACUUAGAAGUGGUAGAGUUCUAGUUCUUAGUGAUCUGUGGAUCAAUGCCCUCGAAUCAAUCUAAAAGGCACGCUGGGCUAGCUAGUUCAGCUCCUUGCCCUUCCUGCCUUGUUUCAUCCAGUCCAUGUCUUGGGAUUUCAGAUCAGGUUGCUCAUAAAUAACCAUAAUUUCUGACAGUCCACUCAAGUUUUUGCUCAUGCUGGACAAUGAUGUUUUGAGGGAGGAAACACAAGUGACAGGCUAGUUUCCGAGUGUAACAGCUGAUUUACAGCACAUCUUUGUGUUGAAGUCUAGGGUCAACAAACUGAAAGAUGAGCUAAGACAAUAGGUAGAGAUUACCACAUACUGAGGUGUCCCUGGGCUACAGAGGCUUAUCUGUCCUGGUGGAAAUGGGAGCGCUCCUGAGACUUCCAGACCUGCUGCACACUGCAAAUGCCCAAACCCUACUCUGGGUAAAAACAGUGGUCAAUGCCAGAAUUUUUCUCCUUUAGCACCUCUAACACCACAGACCCCCAGCCAAAGAGACCAACAGUGCAGUACAAUCAGCACUCCCAUCCCAACUACCUAUGGGCGAGAUCCCAGGGCAUGCAGUAUUACACACUCAACCUACAUGAACCCGAGGAGGUAGGUCCCUCCACUUAGCUGUCACAGCCCCCAAAUUCUCCCUUGGAAUGAUCUGCUUCUGCUGUUUUGUUCAAAAACAGAAGGUGGAAUAGCACUGUA